GGGCACACGCGCGUCGCGAGCCUCCCACCCUUCCUUGCCUUGCUACUAUCCACGGCAACUGUAACCUCUCGCGGAGCGUACUUCUCUUGCUCUGCCUGAUACUGUGAUAUAGCCUCAUGCACGCCGUCCUGAGGACUCCCGAGCUUCGCCAUACCAUCUUCAAGGAUUUGACAAGAUACGAUCUGACGGCUCUGGCAAUAGCGUGCAAGGAGUUCUCCGGAGAGGCCCUCAGCAUGCUCUGGUCGUACUGCUUUGACAUCCGCGAUAUUCUGGACCUGCUACCCGAUGCCAAGAAGACCAUUUCGAGGGUGAACCGCAAGCGUGUCGUGGGUGCGCGAGGCGACCUCACCCUUCAAGAUAUUAGCCGUAUUUCCUUUUACGCGGCUUUCAUACGGACGCUCGACGUCGAUUUCAAGGACCUUCGCGCAUCUGAAAGCGGUAUGCAGCAGAUCGUCUCUGUAGCCGCCGCUAGUGGUCAAGAGCUCUUCCCGAAUCUACGCGAGCUGCGCUACCAUGGACCGACGGAUUUCGCGCCCUGCCUGACUUUCCUCCUCGCCCCUACUCUCACCAAGCUCACUGUGAUCAUCGAGGCUUCUGAUGAGCGAUGGAGAAGUCAGCGGGCGGGGAGACCUGUCUACGGCGCAACGGAGCUCUCGAUUCUCCUCGGUCUGAAGGCGCGCGACCGUGACUCUCCGCGAAUCGCAUCUCUCCAUCUCAGAGUACAUACCGACCUCCCGUGGCCCCUGGACGAGUUGCUUGAUGGAUGGGAUAGCUUGGAGGAUCUGUGCAUCGAGGCCUCGAUCAACGAGAUGGUCUUGUCGUCCGUCUUCCGACUCCCGCGUCUUCACUCGCUGGCACUGGACGGAACGGAAUGGUACAUGGUAGACGAGGCUACCGAGUGGUUGUCUCUCGGGAAGCUAGAUGUUCUGCCCGUCGCUAGUCCGAUACUCACCCACAUCUCGCUUCGAUUGAGCAGCCUCGCCGAGGCAUCACAAGUGCUCGCAGCCCUUACCGUGCUAGACCUCUCGCAGCUGUAUAUUGAGGAUGUCGAGCGAUUUCCCGCAUUGGAUGCCUUUGUUCGGCUUCUGGGAAAGCGUCUGGAGCCUGCGAUCCUACUGGAGCUCGUCUUCAAGCUCGCGUUGGAUGUGACGAUGGCCAGACAUAUACUCGGCGUUAACAGCAAUCUCCCGCCAGAGCAAAGGGUCCAUCUCGACACGCUCCGACCCCUGCUCCCUUUUAGUAAUCUCGUCCGGUUCGUCCUUCCUGUUACCAGCGAUAUUGAGAUUGCUCUCGACGAUGAUGAUGUGGAUACGCUUGCGCGAGCGUGGCCGCGACUCGAGGUGCUGGAGGUAUACACGGUGCGGCGUCCCUCUCCCGCGCUGCCGCCCGUCUGUACUAUCAAUGCCCUCUUGUCGUUCGCCCGUCAUUGCCCGUUGCUGCGCCUGCUGGGGAUGGAGCUCGAUGCCACCAUCGUUCGUGCGCUAGACCCCUCUGUCGUGCCCGUGCAGUCAUCGCUGUGGCGGCUACAAGUCCAUCACUCGCCCAUCGAGUCGCCCGCGGACGUCGCUGCGUUCCUGUCGACCUUAUUCCCGAAUCUGGAGUCGAUUCAGCAGCCAGAUCAUCCCUCGUCCAGAUACAAUAGCGGCAAGUGGGACACAGUACAGUGGUGUCUGCCAAGGCAUGCCCUGGGAACGCUCGUUCCCUGGUUGCAUGCUUUUUAGCGGGAGGCACUGGCAGGUACGUGCACGAGUGCGCGCAGGAUCCACGUCGCCAUAUAGUUGUUGAGGAGCUUGCGUAGGCAAGACGAUAUACAUAGAUGACAUCCAGGAGACGGUGAUAAUGAUAACGGGCAAGGAUACUCAGUGUAUGAGUCGAGUCUGAAGUGGGCGAGUUGACGACCCUCAACGAAUGGGAGGAGGUUACUGGUGCUUCCGGGGGAUGCCGGUAAAAUACCGAUGCAACAUAAGAAUGGUUGGAC